AUGUUUAACGAUGCAUCUCAUGUUGGUACAGUCGGGUUAACUUACCCAAUCAGAAUUGUAGUGAAAGCAAAUUUUUAUAUACCAUGUACGAUACAAUUCUUUUACAAAAGUAGUUCAGGUGGAAUAAUUCAAGGUCCAGAACAUGGUCGCGUUUACGAUAAUUGUAAGGCACACACGUUUGAAUUGGAAUCUCAAGAUCGGAUUACAGGAGUUGAAGUUAGAACUCACUUGUUCAAAGAGCGUUACUGGGUGAUUCAUUACAUUAAAUUUACAACAAAUACAGGAAAGGAAAUGUCGUAUGGUCUUCGUGUCAAUACCAACGACUCUCGUGUCAAACUAUAUACUGAACGAUAUAAAGGCUUUCAUUUAUCCUAUAUUAGUGGUUUUAAACGAGAUGAAUUAUUAACAGGCAUUCAGUUUCAUUGGAUAACAUCAGACGUUCAAUAUGUUUCGACACAAAUAAAAUAUCAAUUAGACCACGCUAUAGCAAGCGCAGGUUUACAGCCACAGAGUAUUAUUCGACAUGAUGUUACGAAUUGUGCUGAUGUACAACAGGAAGUUAGUGCAGAACUAGAAACAAAGGCCUUUACUUCGAAAUCAUGGGAGAUUAAUGUCGGAUUAACAGUUGGUACUGAAAUUAAAUUUUCAGCUGGUAUACCUGUAAUAGCAACAAACCAAGUAACUGUUAGAGCUGAAACUAGUUUUAGCUAUAAGUAUGGUCAAACAGAGACAAAAGAGGAAACAGUUAAACGGACACUUAAAACUAAUGUGGCACCAAAAUCAUAUCAAACAGCAACAAUGGUAGUGAUAGCCGGAACAAUAGAGGUACCAUAUACAACACAUUUAAAAGUCGUAUAUGCUGAUGGAACAAUAGUAGAGCAAUCAGGAGUUGGUGGAGUAUAUAAAGGUGUUAAUGUUAUUGACUCAAAAGUAACAUAUAGUCCAACCUGCCCGCUCGACUGGGCAUUUGGUCAUCAUCCCGAGAGACCACAACAAUAUGCCCAAGUAGGAUUUGAUUCAGGUGAUGGAAAAAGAUUCUAUGUGUUACCAAAAUCCUAUACGUCUCAAAUUUCUUCAAUAAUAAAUGACUCGAACGUCAACGUUCCUGGCCAAUUUAUUUUCGAUACAGCAGGGCAAAUUGCAAAUGCCGACUGUAAUACGAAAGAAGGUCUCUUAACAACACCAUUUCGUGGAUCCAUUUUUGAUGGAUAUGAUGUUAGAGUUCACGGUGUUGGUUUUACUGAAACAACGUACAAAGUAAUGAUUGAGGAACAGACAAUCGACUUCUGUGAAGUAGCGUCGGUGUACAUUACGUGCAUUAUGCCAAUGCUUCUGAAUGCCGGAAAAAACACUGUAAAGGCAUUCGACAGUAAUAGUAAGCUCAGCGGUACAACUGAAUUUAUUUCAUUGAAGCCAGAAGAAUAUUUAGAAUUAAUUUUAGUUAAUUCUGCUGAAUUGGACAAACCAAUAGAUCGUUAG